UGGGGACUGGCAGAAGCGGCACAGCAGUCCGGAGAAAGUGUGGCUCAUCUUAGAGCAGCUGCGGGUCCAGAGGAAAAUCAUAAGAAAGUGGGGAGGAGCGGGGUCAGGAGGAAGGAAGCAGAAUGUCCAGAACUCUGCUGCGGCCCGCCGGGCUCAGACAGCUCCUACUGCUGUGGCUGCUGCUGCCCCACGCACCUGGGGCCGGGGUCGAGGCCAGGACCGUCCGGCCCGCGCCGCCCUGCCCCGCGGUCUGCGAGCCAAUGCGCUGCCCCCCGCUGCCCUCCUGCUGCGGGACGGCGCCAGUGCUUGACCGCUGCGGCUGCUGCCGCGUCUGCGCCGCGGCCGAGGGCGAGGCUUGCGGCGCCGCGCUCCGCCGGCCGUGCGCCCCGGGGCUGCAGUGCCUCGCGCCGCCCUCACCGCGGCUCCUUGGCAGCAGCGGGCUCGGUACCUGCCGCUGCCCGGCGGCGGGGGCCGCGGUGUGCGGCAGCGACGGGCGCACGUACCCCAACCUGUGCGCGCUCCGCGCCAGGAACCACGCUGCACGUCUCCGCGGCGGGCUCCCGGCGGUGCACGUGCAUGAGGUGGACUGUGGGGACCCAGGGACCAGAAGCGCGGGCUGGCUCAGGAGCAAGUACAACUUCAUCGCAGAGGUGGUGGAGAAGGUGGCGCCGUCGGUGGUCCACUUACAGCUGUUCAGCAGGUCACCUCUCAGCAACAAGGAUGUCCCUGCGUCCAGUGCCUCUGGGUUCAUAGUGUCUGAGGAUGGGCUCAUUGUUACUAAUGCCCAUGUCCUCACCAACCGGCAUCGGAUCCAGGUAGAGCUCCAGAAUGGGGUCCAGUAUGAAGCCACUGUCAAAGACAUUGACCAUAAAUUGGAUCUUGCCUUGAUUAAGAUUGAGCCAAAGACUGACCUUCCUGUAUUGCUGCUGGGAAAGUCAUCUGACCUGCGAGCUGGCGAGUUCGUGGUGGCCUUGGGAAGCCCAUUUUCUCUGCAGAACACAGUGACCGCGGGAAUUGUCAGCACGACACAGCGAGGAGGCAAAGAGUUGGGGCUGAAGGAUUCAGACAUGGACUAUAUUCAGACUGAUGCCAUAAUUAACCAUGGGAAUUCCGGGGGGCCGCUGGUGAACCUGGAUGGUGACGUGAUUGGCAUAAAUACACUGAAGGUAACAGCAGGAAUCUCCUUUGCGAUUCCCUCUGAUCGUAUUCGACAGUUUUUGGCAGAAUUCCACGAGCGCCAGCUGAAAGGAAAGGCUCUUUCACAGAAGAAAUAUCUGGGUCUGCGCAUGCUGCCCCUCACUAUGAACCUUCUUCAAGAUAUGAAAAGGCAAGAUCCAGAUUUCCCUGAUGUGAGUUCCGGGGUUUUUGUAUAUGAGGUGAUUCAAGGAACAGCUGCUGAAAGCUCUGGGUUGAGAGACCACGAUGUAAUUGUCAGCAUAAAUGGACAGCCAGUCAGCACCACCACCGAUGUGAUUGAAGCCGUUAAGGCCAAUGAUUUCCUUUCCAUCCUGGUUCGUCGAAAGAGUCAAACUUUGAUCCUGACAGUCACACCUGAAAUAAUCGAUUAAGUGUCUUGAAAAAAAAAAAUGCAUGCUUUAAAACACACACACACACACACACACACACACACACACACAGGAAUCAUUAGGUUGGGGGUGUUUUGACUGCUGCUAAGAAGCCUUCCUAAGGCAAGUGAAAGGAUAUGGUGCCAGGAAGUCUGGGGAGCUGAUAAAAUUUUAUUUAAAGACCGGAAACAACUGAAAACAGGCAGUUUCUAAUUUAACCUUGACAGAAGGACACGUUAGCAUUUUAAAACUUCUCUAUAGCCACAAACUGGAUGUGACACAAACAUACACACAAAAUUAGAUCUACCUAUUAAAUAUUAAGAAAUACCCUGAACUCCAAGUGCAAAGAAAUUCACAUUUUUAAUGACAUUCCUUUACUUAAUCAGGUUUUCAGGUUAUAUCACAUUUGGCCAGGGCUUGUGAAUAAAAGAUGGGCUUUACCUAGAAGUCAAAUGCAAACUGACGAAUGCUGAUUGGCACAGAGGAAUAUAAUGAUUCUCAGGGUAUCAUCUUGCAGUGGAAACAAUUUUGGUCCCCAUCGGUUUUUCUGCCUGUGAAGACCUCUUCUAUAAAAUAGAAACUUCAAUAACUCACAUAUUUUAAGCUCUUUACUGAAGCUUUUCUUCCUGCAAACAUUAAUGAUGAAUGAUUUUGAGUCUGAAAGCUGCCAGAUUUUUUUUCUUCCUUGAAAGAAAAUAGCUUUUGAUGGGGUUUGUGAAUAUCCUUAAGCUUUUUUUUUUUGUCUUUUUAGGGCCGUACCUGCGGCAUGUGGAGGUUCCCAGGCUAGGGGUGUAAUCAUCGGAGCUGCAGCUGCCUGUCUACACCACAGCUCACCGCAACGCUGGAUCCUUAACCCACUGAUUGAGGCCAGGGAUCGAACCAUUUAAACUCAUGGUUCCUAGUGGGAUUCGUUUCUGCUGUGCCAUGACAAGAACUCCUUUUUUUUUUUUUUUUUUAAACUGUGAUAUGAAGCAGGAUUUGUAGUUUAAAGUAGUAUCUUAUUUUGGGUAAGAUUUUAAUUUUAGUCUAUUUUCCAGAUUUUUCUUAGAAGUGAGUUUUUCUUUUUAAAAAGGGUAUCCUUGAACUCUCUCAAGUUCUAUGCAAAAUUUUUUGUGUAUAUGCAUUUUUCUGGGGAGAAGCUCCAGUUUCUUCAUGACCCGUAACAAUUUAAAAAAUAUGGCCUUACAGUAUAAAGAUUAUAAAUAAGGAUCUAUCAAUUAUUACUGUUAUAAACAAGGUUAAGGUCAACAUGGUACAGAAUUUAAGACAGAACAGAAUAUUCUGUUCAUUUUUAACAUGAACCACUUAAUAAGAACAGUGAUCAUAUGAAUCAAGGACAAUAAAGCUGAAACUUUCAAGGAAACUUCAUAAUGACA